GGCAGCGGCGCCGAGCGGAGAUGAGGAGAGAUUGUCUGCACUCAUGUUGUUCCAAACUGUGACUGUGUCCUAGACCAGUGCUUCUCAAACUUUUGUCUUCCAAAUGUUUGGACUUCAAUGCCCAGCAGUCCCAGCCAGCAUGUCAGCAGUUGAGAAUUCUAGGAAUAGACAUCUGGAUGACCAAAGUUUGAAAAUCAGUCUUAGGCUGUGGCUGGUUCUGAAGAGCUGGUUUCAUGAAACAGAACGUGUACAAGGGAAGAAAAAUCUGAGGACCAAGACUUACAAGGCCUGAAGGAUAAGUCCCCCAAACCCAAAAAAGUGAAGAAGGAACGGAAAGAAGAAAAGCAGCAUGAGCAUGCGCAACCUUCAGCUGAACCAGCUGAAGCAGGCAAAGCAGAGAUGUUGGAAGGAGCUGGGACUGCUCCUGCUGUACCCGAAGCUUCUGCUUCUCCAAAACAGCGCCGUUCUGUCAUCCGGGAUCGUGGGCCCAUGUACGAUGACCCCACCUUGCCGGAAGGCUGGACUCGCAAGCUCAAGCAAAGGAAAUCUGGUCGCUCCGCAGGGAAAUUUGAUGUCUACCUUAUCAACCCCCAGGGCAAGGCUUUCCGUUCCAAAGUUGAGCUUAUCGCCUACUUUGAAAAAGUGGGAGACACCUCUCUGGAUCCUAAUGAUUUUGAUUUCACGGUGACUGGACGUGGGAGCCCCUCACGGCGAGAACAGAGGCCUCCCAAGAAACCCAAAGCCCCCAAAACCUCCGGCACAGGUCGUGGACGGGGCCGACCUAAAGGCAGCAGCUCUGCCAAGCCCAGAGGAGCUGCCUCGGAAGGUGUACAAGUGAAGCGGGUGAUUGAGAAGAGUUCGGGAAAGCUACUGGUCAAGAUGCCUUUACAGUCCUCUAUAGCUGCAGCAAAAGCGGAAGGCACAGGUGGGGCCACCACCUCAGCACAAGUCAUGGUUAUCAAGCGCCCUGGGCGCAAGCGGAAAUCUGAGUCUGACCCGCAAGCUGUACCCAAGAAGCGGGGGCGUAAGCCGGGCAGUGGCGUGGCAGCUGUAGUGGUUGAAGCCAAAAAGAAAACCAUCAAGGAGCCAGUAGUCCAGGCUGUCCGGGAGACUGUGCUGCCCAUCAAGAAGCGCAAGACCCGUGAGACUGUCAGCAUAGAGAUAGCCAAGCCAACCCCACCUCCCCCGAGCAACACAGGGGAGUGGGGCCCCAAGGGACAGCGAACAGCUGCCAAGAGCCCUGGGCGCCGCAGCAAAGAGAGCAGUCCCAAAGGGCGGGGUGGCAAUGCAGUGCCAACCUCUGCCCCUUCCUCCUCCCCUGGCAAGAAGGAUCAGCACCACACUCCCCAUCAGCCACCGUCAGAGCCCCAGAGCAGCCUCCCUGCUCAGCCCCCUGAAAGCCCCAAGGACAGCAAGAGCUUUCCAGCUGAACCCCAGGACUUGAGUGGCAGCAAGAGCUGUAAAGAGGAGAAGGCUCCAGAAAGCGACGGUUGCCCCAAGGAGCCACCUAAGACUCAACCCGGUGGCACAGCAGUGCCCUACAAACACGAGCGCAAAGACACUGUGUCGUCCUCCGCGGCCUUGCCCCGGCCCACAAACAGGGACGAGGCCGUGGACACCAGGACGCCUGUGUCAGAGCGGGUCAGCUGACUUUGAGGGGGGUGAGUGAGCAAGUGAGCGCCAGAGGAAACAAAGAGAGGGAUAGGUAGCACUCCCAGCCCCACAUGCCCAAGACGAGACUCCAGGCAGCUGCUGCCGGGUAGGACUCCCCUUUCCCCACAGUGCCCCAGCUUUCAACCAGUCAGCAUCCCUCCCCCCUCAAAAAAGAAACCUUAUUCUUCCUAUGUUUCUGUCUCCCCCUCCCCUCAUUUUUAAUACAGACAAGCACAGUGUGGGGUGCAGAGGCAUGCCUCCCAGGGCUGGAAGCCACUUUGCACUUUUUCUACAGAAUGGGGGCACCCUCUUCUCCCCCCCUUCCUGCCCUUCCUUAUAUGCCCCAGCCCCUUCUGCCAUGCUUUGCUGCAUAUACUACUGACAAGGCAAGCUGUUUGGCAGGGGAGGGGGUAACUCCAAACUCUGGCCUGUCAUCCUGAUCCCGCUUGCCCUCCAUCCUAACCAAGGCCCCAUGGACAGAUUGGGGGGUUGUGGGGGCCAUGUGUGCGUAUUCCACUCCACCUCCCUAGUGCCAUGUAAUGUAGUUGUCCAGUCGUAGUCAGAACUCUGUAGUUUUCAGUAGGAUGUGUGUGCGUGUGUGUACACAUGAGAGAGAAAGCAAUGGGGGUUGUGGAGCUUUGGAAGAUCUAUAACACCCCCCAUUUGCCAGUUAGACCAGCACUUAGGAAGGAUAUCUUCUCCCCCCCGCCCACUUCCUUCUCCCCCACAGGACAGUUCUGCUGCUAAGAGACCACUAGGCAUCUGGAAGCAGCUUUGUGAGCCUGUCCUCUUUUCCUAUGUCUAUCCUGAAAGGAGGGGCCUUUGAUUUCGUUAAAGCAAUCUGGAGUGUGCUGAAGUGUGUGUAGUUGUGUCUGUGUGUGUGUGCUUGUCUGUGCACUCAUCACACGCUAAGAGUUAAAAUGAGACGUUCUUCCAGUUCUCAUCAGUGAUGUUAGGUUAAGGCACUGUUUGCACUAAUGGAGGCCUUUGCACACUGGUCAGGAAGCGAGGGCAUGAAAGAUGUCUGGAGCGUGCCUGUGUGCGUAUUGGAAAUGGGGCAUUUGGACUGAAGACUAGCUCACCUCUCCUGUUCUCCUAUUGGGGCAGGAUGGUAGCUGAAUGUGUGUUAAACUACCUGUACUUCUGUGCUGGGACUGGUACAUGGCAAUGGCCAAAGUGAGAAGCCUGGUAUGUUUGUUUGUUUGUUUGUUUGUUUUCUUUCAUUUCAAAGGACUUCCUUCUGGUUGACAACCAAGCUCUUCCAUGACAGUUGAGCACACCUCUCUUCACUCCCCAGGAAAGCAGGGCUUAGCAGAAGUGUAGCGUAUUCUGGGGGUGGGACUUAGUCUCAAAAUCUUUUUUUUCCCUUCCUUCCUUCCGUCCUUCCUUCCUUCCUUCCUUCCUUCCUUCCUUCCUUCCUUUCCUCAAUACAAAAAAUGCAGAAAUGAAGGAAGGGGAAGAAGGGGACAGAAGCCAUCCUAAACUGCUUGUUAUUAUUUUUAACUGAACAUGUAGCACAGAGAGGAUUUUCACACUGCCACCACCACCAUCAUGGUCAGUACCAAGUACCCCACUGAAAAAGAUGGGGAGCAUGGGUCCAAGCUUGGAAUCUGGGCAAGAGAUAGAAGCAGUGGUUUCAAAGGGGUCACAGUUUGGCAAAGGAUCACCAAAACCUCUUAUCUUGUCCUGUAGGUCUUUGAAACCCCCAGUAGACAUGGAUUUGGACACAGAUUAUUUUUUAAAGCCACCACCAUUUUAACAUAGACCCAGAAGGUUUCACUUUUAGGCAGAGCAACAGUGUGGAGGGAGGCUUUUCCCAGUCCUUAGUAGCUGUUAUUUGUCCAGCUGGGGGAAAUGUACAGGUACCCUUGUGAUAUCUGUCCCUCCCACCAUGUAGUGGGGAGUGGGAAACAACAUUUAGAUCAAGAAAAUAGGAAGGGUUAAGCACCAUCCCUCUUACAGUACCAUUCUGAUAAAAUCGGGAGUCCUCUACAGCUAAAUGUUUUUUUUUAAUCUUGGGCAAAUCUGAUAAUGGGGCUUUGAAAUCAUGUCUGUUUUCAUUCUUGGAUAGAUAUCUUGGCAUAGAGGCAUCCUGUUUUCUCCUCCCACCCACCUGACGUCAGAAUAAAAUUCUUUCCAUGUGGGUGAACAGUCAAAGGACAUAUUUAGUUUGCAGUGGUUAUAUAUGGAGGAAUGCACUGGUCUUAAUAAAAGACUCCAGUUUCACUGCACGCAGACUAAUGGUGGUCUAGUCUGUCUUCGUUGCAGCAACAGACAGGGCUCCUUAUUUUGCAGGGCUUCCUACACUCUGGUCAAAGACUAAUGUUGAUUUUCUCUUCUCCUCUUGUGUAGUGACUUGCUCAGUGGUAGUAAGAUUAGGGCUGUCUUCCCAUUUUUGUUUACAAAGGACAAAGCCAGGCUACCCAACUUGAACUGAAUCAGAGUUUCAGAGCUGGAGUCUACUACUAAUAGUGGAUUCUGAAAUAUAACCCUUCCCACUCAUUCCCAAAAACGUAACCCAUCUUUAAAAAAAUGAAUUUGUUCAUUUGGAUGGAGGUGGGUGUCUUGAGAAUUGCGUUGUAGAAACAUGGGCAAAAUGUGAACAAUUGCAUACAAAAAAAAGGACUGAGGUAGAAAGAGUUGGAGAAGAAAUCAUUUUGUGAUAGAUUUAAAAACCCCAAAGGGCUUUUCUUUGAUAUUUUUUAAAAGUCACAAAUUUAUUAGGGGUGCAUGGAAAGGAGGUUAGCAACUGUCCACUAGGUGAUGGGGAAAUUUUAGUUUUUUUGGUCUAAAGUUGCAUUUGGCUGUUUUUAACCUGAGGCCUUAUGCCUGGUACAAACGGCUUCAGAGCAAAUCACUUGCCUCUCAGUUUCUACACUAGCUUCCAAGCCUGUAGCAUGGGUAGAGCUCCCUCAUGUAUUAAUUCUAUUCAGUUAAGGGGGGCCGAGGGGGGCAGAGAUUAGUAGAUAGGAUAGGAUUCAGACCUGUCCACUACCAACACUUUUCAUGUGACUUUUCCCUACACACAUGCACACAACCAGCAAUAAGAUGAAUAGCAGUUGCAUUAGGUGCAGUGUGAUUAGGAUGACUGGGAACUGUAGUACACUGCCUUUUGAAAUUUGGAAUCACAGCAAAGGAAAAAGCCUGCAGGGUUUUCACAUAUUGACUAGUGUUUAACACUCAUGUAAAUUAGGGGAAUGGGGAAAGGCAGUGCAAGACUGGGCAUGUGUAUAUACCAAAUCUCUUGGAGGAGUGAAUUAAGAAUCAGACACAGGUACAGUGCUUUUCUUUUCAGCUGAGCUCUGCUACUGGUAAUCUGGUUGGCUAGGAAAAAGACCUUAUGGAGAGGAGGUAUGGGAAAAGUAGGCCGGCAUGGGGUGGAUCCAUUUCUAUCAUUUCCAUGCAGCUUUUGCUCUAAAAUGUGGACCCAUACUUCCUUUCUUAAAUGUGAUUGGGGCAAACAUGUUGAAAAAUGUGCCAUUGCCAUGUGAACUUAUGCCCUUGUCCAUAAAGUCUAAGGCAUUCUAGUACCUUUCUAAGACUCAUAAUAGUACAUCUCAGUCUACAAGUGAGGAACUCACAUUGCAGAAAAAAAAUACUUUGCAUUUGGACCUGUGAGGCAGUGGCUUUUGCUGUCGCAGACAGAUAAGGCUUCCCCUGACUAAGUGCUCCAAAGCUGUCUUUGCUGCAGGAGUUUUGUAAAAGUGCAGGAGCCUUCUUUUUGUCAAGAUUUAACAACUCUUUAUCUGUCCCUCCAGCUGCUCCUGAUGCCACAAAACAAUAUGACUUUCUGGGGCAGGCAGUUGCUCUUGUAACCGAAAGACCUCCUGCUCCUGUUUUUCUUUCAAAAUGUCUUCAUGGGGAAAAUGAUGCACUUUAAAGCCAAGAGAUAAAAUAUAUCCUUUCUUAUUUUUCUCUUAGUUGGGAAGAAACAUGGAACCACAGACUUUGCAGACUGCAUGGUUCUGAUGGUGUCUUGGAUAAAGCCUGAGAGAAAGAGACAAGCUCCAUCUGGAUCUGGCUACAUUAUACAAAUUUAUAUCUUUUAAAAAAAAACUAAUAAGGCUUCCAUGUGCGCCCUGAUUGGUCAUCUUUAGACCUAAAAUACAUCCAAUGUGAAGCCAGGAACACAUUGGAGAAGAACACCAGUACCCAUUUCCACAAUAGUACAACCCAGAUUGAAACAUUUAGGGUUAAGCUAUGUAAUACAUUAAAUAUGUAUUGAACAGUUUAAUAUCCUUCCCUUCCCCAACUAUCCAAUAAGUGUGUGAGAUACUGAUCCAGAUUGGGACCAGCACAGGUGGGGGAGGCUAAAACCUCCCCUCCCCCCAGCUGUUCCUUGUUUUAAAUACUCACCAUGGGCUUUAAGGGGCAUGUAAGUUUACUUGAAAACAUGAAAAGGGUCUUAAGAUGCACAAUACAUACCUAAUGAAUCAGGUUGUUCACCCUUGUUCUGAGCUAACAUCAUACAACUUGGUACAAGCUUGCAAAACCGUGCGGUAUCCCAAUUUUGUGACUCUACAUUCCAGGUAAAUGAGAGGUGUCUUAUCCCCCUGGCUGCUGUGGUAUGAUGUAGGGCUGAAAGAGAAUAGAUUUCUGUCAGUAACAAAGGGCCAAACUAAAUGUUUGGUGGCACAUUUGGGUUGUUGCAAGCCAGGUACAAAGUGACAGGGAGCACAUUGCUUUUUGUACCAAUGGGCAAGCAAAAGGUGUGGAUCCCACAUAUCUAUUUUCCCCACCCCAGCACUUCUUUGUUGCUUCUUCUCUGCUCUGUUUUGCAACUCUUCCCAGACCUGGACUCUCCUGCCUAGUUCAGGCCCCAAAGAAGGGGAUAUAGAUGAAAUGAAGUAGUAAAGUCAACAGCAGAGUGUGAAAAAAAUGCUGGCCACUUCCUGCUACACACACUCAUAGACACACACACACACCGUAUGAUGUUGUUAGAGCUAACUUUCUCUGGAGUGAGUUACCAGCAGUUGUCGUUUGGCAAUCUGUCCGUUUCUUUGGAGGGACACAUUGCUGUGUCUCAAGACAGAAGUGAAUGCCACCCAUGCCCCCAGCUCUGUUGACUUCCACCCAGCUCAGCCUGAGAGACUAAUGUGGAUAUAGUGCCUGGCGUCUGAGAGACUGUGCAAGAGGUUUAUAUCUUGCUAGCAUUGUGAACCACCCAAUGUUUCUGUGUCAAGUGAAAAUAAAACUUCUUGUCAGUUUCAGUUAUCCAAAAAUGUGUAGAGUUUAACGUUAGGCCUAACUCUUUUGGUUUUGUUUUGUUUUGUUUGGGGAUUUAAUUUCUGUUUGUUUGUUUGUUUGUGUGCGUGUGUGUGCACGUUGUUGUUUUUUUAAAGCACCAAGUAGACACAGAAAAAAUGUCUAAUUUUAUAUAUCUGUAUAUUGCAUUAUAUAUGGGGGGGUGCUUUUUUUCUGCUUGUUGCGCCACAUCCAAACAAGGACAAUAGAUAAGCUAGGAAUUAUAUGGUCUGUUGAGAAAUUAUUAUAUGUUGCUUCUUGACCAUUAUUCCUGGUGUUUGAUAUCAUAGGACAAGGGGAAAUAAAACGGACCCAUCAAACCUGCUUGCCAGUAAUUUUUCUCUGUGUUAGAGCUGAAUUGCCUUUUAGCUCUGUCUGUGUUGUUACACUUUUAGAAAGGGGUUUCCUCUUUUUUUUCCCCCUCAGUGAGGGGAAAUCCAAUGAGGCUGAGUAUUGCUAACAUUUAAAAAAAAACAUUUUUUCCACUCAAGUCAGCUUAGGGGGCAAGGUACGGGUUUAGAUUUGGGUUGGUGAAAGGGAGGACAAGGCAUGGAGUGUUAUGGGAUGUCCACAAAAUGUCAGCCUAACCAAUGCACUCAGCAUGUACUGUAGUUCUGUUUAUGACCACUUUGGUAGUACAACACUGCAGCUUGGUAGCAUUGGUAUUGGACAAAUCCUUCUGGUUCACAGUUGAACCUACUGCUCUUCCUCUAGAGCUGAACUCUUCCUCCUCCCUGUGAACAAAGUUCUGGUGUGUUUUCUGCCCCACUCUCCCCACAGUCUUCAGGACCUAGUUUGUGCCCCAGCUCUCCCGCUUAACUGUGUGCCUUGCAUGUCAGCUGGCAUAAAAGUGCAGCCCUCUACAACAACUGAAAAUCUGCCCUUGCCUCCUGUCUUUCUUCAGUUUAGCACAACAAGCUCACAUCUAAUUUCCAAAGACAUCACACCUCUCUCCAGUGUUGCACUUUUAUGGUUCAUUCUCUUUUCCUUGAAUGCAGAAGUGGUUCCAGAAGUGGGGGAGAAAAUCCAGGGUGAACAAAGAAAGGGCACAUCGAUUCCUGGAGUGAGAUGUGUAUGUGUGCCAGAGUGAGUGAAUGUGAUCAAGCUUUUGUCUCCCAUGAGACAUGAGGUUUAUCCAUCUCUGUUUUUAAACUUUUGAAAAGGUGAGCAGGGAGUUCUUUGGGUGGAGAUUUGCCCUUAACCUUCCUCCUGAUACUAUGUGCUAGUGUGAGUGUUCAGUUUGCUUCCAAGAGUUUUAUUUCCAAGUGCUGGUAGCACAGGGCCUUUCUAGCAUUCAUUAGAUCAAAGGUUUGGAAGUAGAUAUUCAAUGGUCAGUCCCUAACAUAUCCCACAAGAGAACGAAAGGGAGCUGUCUGUGCGCAAGGCUGGCUUCUGCUUGCAAGUUGCCAAAAUCAGCAAUACCCACUUGGGAGGUAGCAGCUUAAAUUUGCCGUUCUUCCAAAAGCAAAGAACUAGACAGCAGAUUUACACUUGGGAGGAGGCAGGAGUGCACCUAUAUUCUUCCUAAUGGAAGUUGGAGGGGGGAAGAAAGGAUUUCCCAAUCUGUAGAUCAACCUGCGUGGGGUUUUCUUCCAGUCAUGGGUCUGAAGUUCCUUUUCCAAACCAGAGGGGCAGCGCUUAUUUGCAGUUGUGCGUCUUUUAUCUGCACAAAAAGUAAGUAGAUGAAGUUGAUUUUUUAAAAAAAAAAUCAUUUUGGGACUUUUUUCUUCUCAUGAGUGCAAAAAACAAACAAACCCUCUCCCAAAAUCUGGGAAAGUACCCCCUCCCUCAAAAUGUGGGGAGGUGGGACGAUCCCCUCCCUCGGCUUCCAUCAGUCAACAUGCGGCUAACAAGAAACCAAGUUCCUUCUGCUUCACCACUCAGUAGUGAUCACCAUAUGACCAAAUAUUCCAAGGACUGUUAUUCAAUGUAUGCUGAGUGCUUGCUACCCUGUACAGCUCUUAAGCCCCACAUAGCUGACACUAGCUAGUGGCGUACCUUCCCCUCCGGCCCCCCGGAUUUUAUUUUUUAAUUCCAGAGACACAGAUUUUGGGGGCGGGGGAGAUUGUCUUCUUUCCAGUAGUCUUUUUUCCCCCCUUCUUAUUCUUCUUCUACUUCUUCUUCCUGGAAAACAUAACAAAACUGUGGUGUUUUGUGUGUAGGGUUUUAUCUCCCUAUCCACCUCGACCCGUAUGGGGUGGGACAAAGAAGGAAUGUUGGUGAAUCCGUUCUCUCUCUGUGUGUGGUUUCCGUUUUUGUUUUAUAAAUGGUCCACAAGUAUGUAUCGUGAACAUUUCUGUAAAGUAAUUGUUCCAGGCACAAACGCUUCAGAUUUUUCGAGUGUUUCAAACAUAUGUAUAUAUUUUAAAAGGGAGGAACAGUGUACAUUUUUUUAUUUUUAUUUUUUUCGUCUCGUCUUAUUGGCAGUACAAAGAAAAGGGAGGCUAAAGGGGGGAUAUGAUAAGUGGAGGUUUUGUUGUGUGUGUGUGUGUGUAUGUUUCGUUUUUGUUUUUUAAAAAUAGGCUUUCCCAGGGUAUUUUGUACAGCUUCUAUUUCUAACAGUCCACCAUCAGUAGGCAAUGUAGCAAAAAAAAAGUAUGAGGUGGUUAGAUUCCUUCAUAUGAAUAUUCGUUUGGCUGUGAAUAAGAACCCAGAAGGACCUAGCGCCAUAAGGGCAAUAAAGAGGAAACCUAUGAAACUUUUGCUAGAUUCAGAGUUGAAUGAACGUCCCAUCAAUUUCUAAAGUAAACCCACCAACUUUUAUUUUUUAAAGCAAAGUGAUUGCUCUACUAAUCCAUAUUGAUGGGAACGUCUAUUUCAACCAUAGCAAGUCUCAGAUGUUAGGGGAGUUUUAAAAGUUUUUUAUCAAGAAUCCUCCAAACAGAAAUUUUGGAUAGAAGUGGGGAUUGUAGCAAAUUCUAUUUGCUCUUUUUUGAAAGGAAAUUUUAAAGGCAUUGGCAUUCUUCAGCCCUACCCAUAUUUCCGUGCAUUUGGUUGACGCGUUUUUGGGACAAUUACUUUUAAGAACUCUGAGUAGAUUGUUCAAUAACAUUUAAAAUCGAUUGCUCUUUUUGUAGGUUUUGUGUACAGCCAAAAAAAAAAAAAAAAGACAAAGCACUGACUAUAUUUAAAAAAAGAAAAGAAAAAAAAGAAAUUUAUUAAAGGAAAAUUUGUAUAAUUUCAGUAAGAAAAUAACAAAAUCCGUCUGAAUGUACAUGUAUAUGUUCAAAAGAAAUCCACCAAUCCCCCUCCCUACCCCUGUAUCCUAUUUAUUAUAUAAAAAGUUUGCCUUAUAAAUUUA